CAAUUCUGACAAAAAUAGAAUGAGGAAUAGCAUUAUCUUCCUCAUGGCAAAGAGCUGUACCUCAAGGCAGAUCGAGCACUUCAAUGCCGCUGUUCUCUUAGUUCUUCUGAUCAUGUCUCCAUCCCGCACAACCUGCCAAGCUGAGAACCUUGACAGCUCCGAUCCAGACCACUACUCGCCGCAGCUGCUAACGGGGAUGAUUCGGCCUCGACAGAUGUCGUGCUUCCAGGAUAUAAAUCACUGUACGUUUGCAAGUUGCUCCAAUCUAUGCAUAGCAAAAGGCGUGAGGAGCAACAGAGCGUUCUGCUUGAAUUGGACUGACAAGUAUGGUCAAUCUCAUGUGGAGUGCUGCUGCCCACAGUUGGCGGCGUCGCCAACAAAGAUCCUAAUUCCUCAGCACCCGUUUACGUGCUACCAGGACCAUGAUUCACAAGGAUGUACUACCUGCAGCUCUUUCUGUGGAGCCAAAGGUUUCGUAGCUGAAAGAGCUCCUUGCUUCACCAGGAAUGAUGAUUCUGGUCGUGCUCACUCCGAGUGCUGCUGCACUCAUGAGACAGUGUAAUGCAUGCAUCUGUCUAGCUGUUGCAAACUCGAUGAAAAUGAACAUGUUUUUGGAUAAUGAUAAAAUCUUCGAUCGAUCCUUGGGAAA